AUGCAAGCAGAGACGGUGACCAGAAUCGCCAACGGCGAGCGACCACCAACCUCCGCUGCGGCCGACGAAGCGGUGGAAGUCACCGUCGGAGGGAGCGACACAGAACCGGCGACAAAGGAGAAAGGCGGCGACAUCGCCUCUUCUUGGGAUUUUCAGGAACCCAGCUGGGGGAUGGGGUCGCCGGUCACGAAGGGAGAAGGGGCUCCGCGGUCGCCGGAAGUUCCAGUCGCGGCGACGAAGGCUAGGAAGGCGGAGCUGUGA